AUGGUCAUUACACUUCUUCGAGGUUCAGUGUACUGCAACUUUGUGGCGUUGUCGAGGACAUCUGGGAGUACACCAACCCAUACGCGCGGCCCAGAGCAAGGCGCGUGCGGGUUCUAUAUCCUAGGACCGGACCUAGUCUGUGCGAGCGAUGCUCUCUCCCAGGGGGUGCUUCGAGUGGUAUCGGAGUACACUAGUGCACUUGAGGUGACGGGGUGUGAUGCUCUAUCGUAUGAGAAGAGCGACGUGGCGUGGGACACGGCACAAGACUCCCCCUGGAGGCCCCGACCCGUCACUACACCCGCUGCUGCUCCGGGGCACGCGGGCAGGAUCCACGCCAGGGUCAGGGGUUCGCUGCAUGUCCUAAAAGCAAACGCUAACCUACUUUCCCUGCCUGCACACACACAACCAUGGCCACGGACCAGGAGGAGACCAGGAGGAGACCAGGAGGCUCGGAGUGGAAAGGCCACAGACCGAAGUUUGGGAAUCGGAUCGGACACCGCUGAGGGGCAGGGCAGGCGGCGUUAG